AUGACCAACACCGAAACUGGAAUGCUGGACGUUGGCACCCACUGCAGCUUCUGUCGACAGCUGGAUUUCCUUCCUUUCCACUGCAAGUACUGCAACGGUGACUUUUGCGGGGCCCACAGAACGCCUCAGAAGCACCGAUGCGAGGUGUGGGCCGAGCAGGAGAAGACGAAACAGCAGCAGCAGGAAGAGCGUCUCAUUAGUACCGCCGCGCCUGAAAGCACGAGCAAGACCUCGUCUUCGCCGUCGUUCCACUCGCUUUUGCCGGAAAAGGCCCACAUUCGCGUCCAACGCGGAGCACCCUCAUCCACGAGUGUUGGCCGCAGCGUUCGUGAAAGACUCGAGUCAGCAGGACAGGGCAGUGCCGUGGCGAAGCUGAAAUCGUUUUUCCAGCGACGCUCGCAGUCUUCUGGCUCUGCCACGGCCAAGAAACCUCCCGGCCCCGCUGCCCGACUCGUGGAACUUGCGAAGCAAAAAAAAUGCGCCAACGGCGACCCCGCCAUUCCCCAGGCCAACCGAGUCUACGUCUACUGUCACACAAUCGACACCGACACCAACAUCGAACAGGUCCGCCACGAGCUUUUCCUGAACAAGAUUUGGCCUGUGGGGCGCGCACUGGACUCCAUAGCGUCCCAACUGGGCGUCCACAACCGAAACUCCCAGGCUGCCUCUGCAACCAACGACAAGCUUUUCCUCUAUCGAGAAGAAAAAACUGGGGAUCCUCGCCUUCUAGAUCCUUCCAACAGGGUGCGAAACUGCAUCUUUGAUCUGGACACUUUACUGCUGGUGCGUGGACAGCAUGUCCCAUGA